UGGGUUUCCUUUAUGAUCCUGGGAUCUCCCAUGCAUCUCUACAGACCUCCGUCAACAACCAAGGCAUACACAUCUCUCCUCUUCCUCGUCCGGUCAACCCGUCGUUUCCACAUACUUGUGCAGCUCGCAUUUGGGUUCUUCGCCUUUCGGAAGCUGGCUGUGGAAGGAUUCUUUGCGUUUUCAAGGGAUUUCCAUCGGAGUUGGUGAAAAGUGCAUUUACUUGCAAGGAACCUUGCCGUCAACCACUUCAACGGCAGCAUCCCAGCAGUUUUUUUUACUUCGCUCUUCAAAUUCGUAUUUUGUGCCAUAAUGUCCGAAGUACUGCCAUACAGUGAGGGGAAAAUGAGCGGCUACGGAACGGACAACGAUGUCAGUCAGAUGUCUUUCAGCUGCGGGCUGCAAGACACCAACUCUUUUUUCGGGGCGUCACAGGGAAAAAGACCCCCAAAAUUGGGACAGAUUGGCAGGGCAAAGCGAGUUGUCAUCGAAGAUGACCGAAUAGACGAUGUUCUGAAGGGAAUGGCGGAUAAAUCAUCACCCGGCGUUUAAGCCCGAACGAUGCCUUUCAGACAUUUUAUUUUUAUCACCGAUUUGAAGCACUUGUCGGCUGUGCAUGUUGGAGGACUGUUACCAGGAUGGACGGCACGGAGCGAAUACAGAGAGGGCAGACGGGAGACCUGUCGAACGAGGAGCGAGAAAGAGAGAGAGAGGCAGAGAGAGAGAGAAAGCUGGAGAGAGGGAGAAACCGAGAUUUAUUUUGGGGUUGCUGGCAAUUCUCCAAUCGAAACCCUACUCACAACUGCUGCGCAGAAAGAAACAUGUCUGAUACGUGCGGCUCCGUCCUUAAAACCUCUGCUGAUGUAUAGCGAUGGAUGAACUUGCCAUUACUUCACGACCAUUUUCUUCCAAAAGCGCUGUAAGCAACGACACAAACUACAACUGGAGGCCGAAUCUCAUUUCUAGCACUACUUAUGUAUUUGUACAGCAUCUAAUCUCAAUGACAUUGUUUCCCCCGUAUAGCCUACACGCUUUACACCGUCAACACAGUCCAUGGCGAUGCAUUCACUGGAGCUGUUCUGUCACGCGCCGUUCCAACGUAGGGAAUGCAUUCCGAUUGCUGCUAGAGCUACCAACAGACCAAUCUGACAUUGAAGUCAUAUAAAUUCAAGAGACCCAUGUGUGUACACAAAUAAUUCCGGAGAUGGUGCAAUGUUGAUAUUAAUUCAACUUUAGGUUAUGCACGUUUUGAAACAAACGUAUGCAUCUUAACAAUAUCGACAUAUGUUUUGCUUACCCCCCUUCUUUGGCGGUGCUGUUGAUCGCCUUUGUGUAAAUGCGCAGUUGUUUUACACCAAGACGCCAGUGGAUGAGAAAUUCAUGAGCAUAAAAGUAAUAUAAAGACACCAAUGAUUAUCCUUAAUAUUGUCAUAAACCCAGUUGAUUUUGGCGAAAUUGUUUUCAUAUAGAUAGCCCUAAGCGACUUUAUUUCUCCAUCUCUUUGCAUGAACUCUUUCUCCGGUGCCAAUGCAGGUGCCACCACACUUCUUAUCCUGGCACGCUUCUUUUUAAAUAAAAAUCAUAUUUGUAUUUUUAUAUCUGAAUAUUUGUUAUUUAAAAAUGAUAUGCUAGUCUACCGUCUUACAAUUCAUCAACAAAAAAGAUGUUUGUACUUGGGAGGCCGUUCAGAACGAGAGGAACAGGUUUGGUUCAGCGUUCCAUUCAAAAUCAGGAAUGGGACAUUUUUUAAAACAAAAGACUUACUGAAUGUGUUUUGGGUUUUGCACACAUCAAUGUUUAACUAUUAUUGAGAAAUCGUAUACUGUGACUUGAGCGUCGUUGAUGAAUUUGUUAGAAAUGGCGAUUUUAGAGUCUAUUGCACUGUUUACGAGUAUCCUCAAAUAACCUGUUGUUAUUUGAUCGGUUUUGGACAUUACAGCUAUGUUUUUUUAUUUUUGUUUAUUUUGUACCAUUCUUUUAAAAAUCUGAUUAUGGUUUGUUGUGCAUGAUACCUUACAAUUUUCAAUAACGGAACAUCGUUUUAUGAAGCAAAAAAGCAACAAAAUGUCAUGACAUUCUAAGAAUGAUUCAUUGUAUAUUAUGAUACCAUUUUCACUGUAUUUGGUGAACUAAUAAAUGGUGAGAGAUAUAUAGCAGCCGCUCCCUUGUCCU